AUGCCUGCCGCACGAGACGACACCGCGGCUGUCGAGCCAGCGCCGGCGCCCGUUGCAGCCAAAAACGGCACCGAGGCACAGACACAGACACAACAGACAGAGACACAGCCGACAGAGGCACCACCUGCCGAGGGCAACAAGGAAGAAGACCAGUACCUCGACCUCGUCCGCGAGAUCCUGGAGACCGGCGAGCACCGCCCCGACCGCACGGGCACCGGCACCUACUCCCUCUUUGCCCCGCGGCCGCUCAAGUUUGCGCUGCACCGGCGAGACGCGGCCUCGGGCGACGUCGUGCCCGUCCUGCCGCUCCUCACCACCAAGCGUGUCUUUACGCGCGCAGUCAUUGAGGAGCUGCUGUGGUUCGUGCGCGGCGAGACGACGUCGACGACGCUGGCCGCCAAGGGCGUCAAGAUCUGGGACGGCAACGGGUCGCGCGCCUUUCUGGACCAGAUGGGCUUCACGGACCGGGAGGACGGCGACCUGGGCCCCGUCUACGGGUUCCAGUGGCGCCACUUUGGCGCCGCGUACCAGGACCCGCACACCGACUAUGCGGGCCAGGGCGUCGACCAGCUGGCCGAGGUGGUGCGCAAGCUCAAGGAGACGCCGUUUGACCGGCGCAUUCUCCUGUCGGCCUGGAACCCGCGCGACCUGCCGCAGAUGGUGCUGCCGCCCUGCCACAUGUUUGCCCAGUUUUAUGUGUCGUACCCGGACGCGCCCCGGCGACGGAGCACGUCUACAACAGCGGCAGCAACCGCCCACCCGCCGCCGCCUUCGGCACCGUCGACCGCAUCGACCGCGUCGGUCGGCCACCUCCACUGCCAGCUGUACCAGCGCUCCUGCGACAUGGGCCUCGGCGUGCCCUUCAACAUCGCCUCGUACGCGCUCCUGACCCACAUGCUGGCGCGCGUCUGCGGCCUCGUGCCCGGCUCGCUGACGCACGUCAUGGGCGACGCGCACGUCUACGUCGACCACGUCGACGCGUUGGAGACGCAGCUGGCGCGCGUGCCCCGGGCGUUCCCGACGCUGACGAUCCGCAACGACGGCAACAGCAUUGACGGCUGGCAGCUCGAGGACUUUGUGAUUGAGGGGUACAACCCGUACAAGGCGAUUGCGAUGAAGAUGUCCGUGUAG